UUCUUCCUUUGCCUAGUAAUUCAUGGUCUGUUCUCUACCCGGGACGGCGAUAGUUUUCCUGCUCGUAUCAGCGGCGGUAAGCGGUGCUUACGCACUCGAAUUCCCAGACGGGUAUGACCCUCACGAUUUUCCAGCCAAAAUUGGAUGUACGGCUAUAGGAAUAGACGCUGACGGCACAGUUGAAGGAACUGCUAUGAGUGGAAUGAACGCCGAUUGCAGUUCCUGUGAUAACAGAAUGGCCUACGUCCCCGCAAAGACCUACCCGAAUGAUACCAUCAGAGAAGUCUACACUAACCCUGGCGCCUUCCCUCGGAUGAUAACAAGUGGCCGAGCUGAGUUAUAUGAGCCCAAGUUUUACCCCAAUUUUAAACCCUUCGAGCCCAAGGGUCAUAUUUUUCAACCAGCAAUGACGACCUACGGAUAUUGGGAAAGUACUCUGCCGCUGAUGAACGAGGCAGGGCUUUCUAUGGGCGAGUCUAGCUGCGGGACUAUGAUGAUCAACGAGGCCGACGGUCCGGAUUCUGCUUUGCUCGAUAUUGGUGAGCUUAUGAAAGUUGCUUUGGAGAGGUGCGCGACUGCGAGAUGUGCGGUUGAGCUCAUGGGACAACUCGUUGAAGAUUAUGGUUUCCUUAUUCAAGAAUUUGAAGUCAGUUAUGGUACGCAAGCUGGUGGAGUAGAGGCUUAUGAUGACGCUGGAGAGGCUCUCACUAUUUCGGAUAGUCUUGGAGAGACUUGGAUUUUCCACGUUGCGGGUGGCGCCAAGAACAUCACUAAGUCGGUGUGGGCGGCUCGAAGAGUCCCUAAGGGCGAGAUCGCUGUUAUUUCUAAUAACUUUAUCAUUGGGGAUCUACCAUUGGAGCCCACUGAUGACAUUUUGUUCAACCCGAAAAUUCGCGAGGCAACUAAAGCAAAGGGAUUAUGGAAUGGUGAAGAACCACUUAGUUGGAAUUAUGUCGUUGGUUUUGAUGCUAUGACUUUUCACACUGGAGAGAAAGAGCCUAUACCGGCUUAUGGCGCACUGAGGACGUGGCGAAUAUUCAAUUUGGCUAAUCCCAGUAUGGGUAUCCCAUUCCAACUGGAUGUGCGGAAGAUGCCUUUCUCGGUGCCGGUGGAGAGAAAACUGACUCAUAGGGAUUUCAUGCAGUAUUUUAGCGACUACUACGCUGGUACUGAAUUCGACCUCUCUCAAGGCAUGCUUGCGGGCCCUUGGGGGACUCCGUAUCGUCUUGAAGGUGGCAAGGCAUUUUUCGGUCAAAUUCCGCGGGGAAUUUCGAUUCCAAGGACGAGUUAUUCAUUCUUGGGUCAACCUAAGGCUAAUGUAAAGGACUCGGUCGGAUGGUUUGCCGUGGAUCAGCCCAUGACCAGUGUAUAUCUACCCUUCCGAGCUGACACGGAUUGGAAGGGUGUCGACAAGUCGUAUAAAAGAGGACUACUGCUCGAGUUCGAUGACAAGUCAGCUUUCUGGGCCUUCCAGUUUGUGAGCAACUGGUUGAACAUGAACUUCAAGAAUAUGAGCGAACAGGUCGUUUUUCCUAUGCGCCAAAAGAUGCAGGAUUUGGUGGAUAUAGAAUUGGCUAAAAUGGACGAGUUGGCCGCCAACAAUGCCAGCAAAAAAGUUGAGAAGGCACAGAGUGCGCUACAGAAAUAUGUCGUUGAUGAAUGGUGGUCUAUGGGGAAGAAGCUGAUCGCUAUGUAUAAUGAUGGCUAUUAUAAUAGACUUCCUACUAAGGACACUGAGCCGGCUCUUGGUGUUACUUUUGGAGUUCCUAACUGGUACGCCCAUAUGAUCGGCUUUACCAAUGAUAUUCAUCCCAUUUACGUCUCCCCAGCUGAGGCGCCUAUUAAUAGGCAAUCGACUCCGCCGGGAUAUGUCAAGCCUGAGUAUAAACUGCCUAAGUCAUUCAAUAAAGAGACGAGCCAGUGGGGCUGCAGUGAUGUCGAGUCCCUCGUGUUGGACGGCGGGUUAGGCAACGAGAGCAUGGGCCAAUGCGCUGAUCUUGAUAUUGUCCAAGCUUUGCAGAAGACGAAGAAAGAACUUCUCGAUCGGAGGGUGACUGCUGAGCCUGUAGCUCUUGAGAUGAUGUCGAGCAUGGGCACCUCAGCGUCCGCAACUGGAAUUGACCAGGUUGCUUCUGCCAAUGGAAAUUCUUGGGAAAGAGAAGUCGUGAUUGGUGUUGUUUUUGCCGUUGUUGGAGUCGCUGUGGGCAUGCUGGUCGAGAAGAGGAGAGCCGCUAAAAGAGACUCCGUCGCUAAUGAUCAUCUCCGAGCACCGCUCAUUUGAGACGAUUGAUGUGUUUAGCUUGCUUCAGUUCUGCUAGUUUACUUCAAGAACGGUUGUCGUCGUGGAGUUGUGU